AUUUACGUGGUUUGAAAAGAACGUUCAAAUGAAUGGAAACUUUGGCUCUUCUUGAGUGCGUUUGAAUACCCGUUACAAUUAAAAAUGAUAUCGAAUAGUGUUCGCUGUUACAUGCUAGGUGACUAAAGGAAAACAAAAGCAAACAGACGAGCUUAAUUUAUGCUAGUUAAAAGAAGGACGGAUUUUAUGCAUUCUUACCAAGAUGGGCGAACCACAGCCACAACCACUUUCAGAUUAUUUAGAUAAGUUCAACUCUGCUUCUGACGAGACGUUGAAGAAUAUGAAAAUAGAAGUUGAAAAGCUUCGAGCAAAAAAUGAGUCAGAUUUAACCAAAUUCAAAAAGGAUCUGGAUUUGAAAAAAGAAGAAAUACAAAAUAUUGAACGCAAAUUGGCGAAUAACACACAGAAAAUACAAGAUUUGGAGAGAGAUAUUAAGAAUAUCGAAACUGAAAUAGAAUCGUUAGUAGCUAAGGCAGUUGAGUAUGAAGCAGAAGCUGCUGGACUAGAUAACAAAGCAACACAAAGCAGUAAAAUUGGAUGGGGAUCUGUAGCCGUUGGAUUAACUGCAUUGGCACUGACCCCGAUGACUGGUGGAAUAUCAGCAGCACUUUUGGGCAUUGCUGCUCCUGCUGGAGCUACGGGUGUUGCUGCGGUCGCUUUUCUCGACGCAAAAGAAAAACGGGAAGAGGCAAACAAACAAAAACGGCUCGCCGAAAGUAAGAGAUCUGACGUCGAAAGCAAACGGAGGAAUCAACAAGAAAUUCAAGCCAGCAUAGAUGUAGACUUAAUUGAGAAAACUAAACUACAUAAUUUUAGUCUUAAAAUCCAAGCUGAAAUAGGAGACCUAGAAAACAUGCAUGGCAACCUCUCGGCAUUCGAAGUUAUACUUGACAGUAAAAUAUCUUCAUCCGAGAAACUACCGACAAGUGUACCUAAACACACAUCCGCAAAGGUUGAAGAAGGAUCAAUUACAGAUAAAGUGGACAAGGAGCUACAUGAAAUAUUUAAAAAUAUAUGGGAAGCAAAGCGUGCGAAAGUCAGCGGUAAACACAAUGAGAAAUACGUUAGGGAAACAAUACCAUGGAUUGAAUACCGAAUAUCGCAGUUCAAACAAGCAAUGUCAACUACGUAUAAACACAUUCUUGACAGAAAAGAAAUGGACUCCAAAAGCAAGGAGGCGAAAGAAUUAAUGCAGCUUUUAGAAUCCACUUACAAAGAAAUAACUGAUCUGGAACAAAACAUUGGUAAUGACAUGAUAAGUCGAAUGAAAAUAAUCAUGAAGGAACAAAACGUCCUGAAAAAAUUGUAUUAUGAAGUUCAAGCCUUCGAAGAAGAUAUACGUAAUAUGGAAGGCAAGCGUACGGUGCUUCAAAAACAAGCAGUAGCAUUUCAAUUUGAAGCGCAAACAUUAGAAAAACUCGCUUUGAAAAAAGGUUAUGAGAUGGCAACGAAGUUAGCAGUUGGCAGUGGAAGCAUAGGCGUCCUCGCUGCCAGUGCUAUGGCAGCUCCAUUAACUGGGGGUGCAAGUCUCGUUGCUGCAGGCGCAAGCGGGGCAUUAGCGGCCUAUAACUUCAUGAGUGCCUAUGAAUGUUAUGAACUAGCGAAACAGAAACAGAAACAAUCAGAGCAAAAUCGUGAGCAGGCUAACGCCGUACAUUGGAGGAUUAAUAAAACACAAAUGGACAUAAACACAAGAGAGGAGCAUAAGCGAGAGGCUUUAUCUUUGAUAGGGCAACUCAAGGCAGAUCAAACAAUUCUUCAGAACAUACUUAAACAGUUGAUCAAGUUUAGCGACGUGAUAAACAGCAUCACAGUUUUUCUACAGUAUACGAAACCAUAUAAUCCAUCAACAGAUGUCAAGUCAUGCAGAAUAAUGUGAAAAAGAAAACUAACGUGUGUGGACUAUUUUGCACCGUCUAUAUUGACUUUGCCGCUCACUAGUAUAGACUUAGUUUUGUUUUGUUAGUCGCAUUAAAAAAAUUAUUUUCGUUUUUUGCUCUGCUAUAAGUGUGUUUGUUAUUUUUUCUUGGUCGUCAAUAACUGGACUAAAACAUUGAAAGAUGUGUAUCCGAUUUUAGUAAAAGAAAUUAGACCUUUUGUGUGUUUUUGUUUGUUUAUUUGUUUGUUUUAUGAUUUUCAUAUAUUAUGAGAAGUGGAUAAUAAGGCGUUCGAACGUAAAUAACAGUGAGUUAUGUACAAGUGGCGUUUGUAUUGCUAUACAUUUCAUUAAAUAUUUUUAUUUUAAUAACAGCUAUGAUUGUUUUCUGUAAGAUUCUAUUAAUGUCUACAUAAUAACUUAAUGUAACAUGUUUUUCCUACUUUAUGAUAUAAGGUGUGUUUGUGUGGGGGUUUUGUGGGUUUUUUGUAUUUACUCUUUAAAUUUAUAAUAGCUAUUAUUGAGUAAUAUAGGUUACAUUCAUUUCUAGAUUAUAACUUAACCUGUAUUUUGUCCAAAAGGUUUAUCAAUUUGUAUCUAUAUGUUUUAAAGACGGUAUUUGCUUUAGCGUCUUUUUUUUAUGAAACAGUAUGUCGAUAAUGUUGCCA